AUGAAGUUUGUCAUAUUAGUUUUCAUUUCGGUCCUAGUUUCAUCUGAGAAAGUUACUUUUCUUAGAUUCCGGAAAUUCAAGAAUAUUGCAGUUGAUCACAAACCGAAUAAUCCAGUUUUAACUGAACUGAAGACAACUGAUCGUAAUGACUGUCUUGUAGCAUGCGCUAAAGAAGAACAAUGUGGGGCUAUUAAUCAUAGACCAAAUGGAUCGGAAUGUGAUCUGUUACCCAAGUUGUACGAAGACAUGUCUUUAUUCUCACAUUUUCCGGGUAAUAAUGUUUAUGUUAAGCUCCUGAAGUGUUCAGACAGACCUUGUCAGAACGGAGGGACUUGUGAAGACAUCACGCCUUCCAUAAGAAAUGGCACUUUUCGUCAACAUAUCUGUUCUUGUCCACCUGAGUACUGUGGAUUGGACUGUGAGAAAAUGUCCUAUGUUGCAAUUCGAGAUACAGAUCUGAAGGCGAAACUCAUUAUAGAAGGAAAAUCAGCCUUAACGUUGGAGGAAUGCUUCAUAUUUUGUCAGGACGUAAGUUCAGCAUGCAGAAGCGCCGGGUUCGACGAAGAACGAAAGUAUUGUUAUUUAUAUUUUUUUGUCGAGAAUGAAAUCAUAAAUGAAACUUUAGUGGAAAAGUUUGGUUUUACUUAUAUUCGCCCUGUUGAUGAAUGUUGAUUACUUCACUAUUAAUGUCAGCACACCAGUUAUCAAUAUACUUAGAGGUGAGAUUUUAAAGUGUUUUAAUAUCGUCAUACUUUGGAGUUGAUAACACUAUAUUACAUAUCAAACAGUUAUUGUUAUUGUUUGCAUUUUAUAACAUACUUUUCAUUUUACAAGCCGUUACUUAGAAGAACACAAAGUAAAAGACAUAUAAAUAAUAGUUUUCUCUCCUUAAGGGAAACAUGUCACGUUGUUGGUUUAUCUUCAGUAGUUUUUGUUACAAUAUGCAUUAUGUUUUAAAAAAGAAUCACCAAACUAACAGAAUCUCAAAAAUAACAAUUUUAUGCUAGUAAUAGUAGAAUAUUUUUAUUUAUUUUUUUUAAAUG